UUCGUGAAGUUAAUCAUGGUGCAGAGAAGCUUGAGUUGGUCGCACAACAGACGCCGCCGUUUAAAACGUUUGGGCGACUGCGAUCUUCUGUGUUCAUUUGUUGGCGGGAAGGAGAAAAAACUUGCGAUGGAAAUCCAAGAAAAGAGCCGAUCCAAACGGACGAAAAAGGGUGUAAAGCUUGAACAGAAAUACACUCACCCACUUCAGUUUUUUCACACACCACCGACAGAUACGAUUUCUUUGCAGGAGUUUGAAGAAUACGCAGUGGAGAGAUUGAAAGUUUUAAAAGCUUUGGAUACAGCAGGUGUACGUCAUAUUCGAGGGAGUGAAAAAUAUACAGAGUUGGUGGAAAAAGAAAUAAAGAAAACCAAGUUUGGUCCUAUUCUAAGGACUGACAGAAGAGAGGAUGAAUUCCUGCGAAGGCUCGACCACAUUUCACACUUCAUUUUAAGAUUGGCAUAUUGUAGAUCGGAGGAGUUAAGGAGAUGGUUUUUGCAGCAAGAGUUGGAGUUGCUGAGACUGAGGUUCCAGAGGGAAACCCCAGAAAGCAGACAAGAGUUCCUCCAAGAAAAUAACCUCAACUACAGUCCAAUUUCUGAGGAUGAAAAAAGGGACAUCACCCCAGAGUUGAUAGCAGCAGCUGGAAGGAAUUCAUCACAGGCACACACACAGGAGUAUUUCAAGGUUCCAUUUGUGGAGGUGCUUGAUUUGAUCAGCAAAAGAAAAGUGUUUCUGAGUGAAGGAUUUGCGUAUGUACCACGGGAAGACAUGAUAUCUAUCCUUCUGACCCACUACCGUGCACAUCUGUCUCAUUCCUUAGCUGUGACAUGUCGAGCUCUUCCUCAUCUGGAGGAGGACGACAGACUGCUGCCAAUGGUGUGUGGACUAAGUAAGCGCUAUGUCGGGAAAGACUACACCUCAAAAAAGACCAAUGUAGGGCAGAUCACAGCAGAUAUGGUAGAGAUGCUCUCCAAACAGUCCUUUCCAAUGUGUAUGCAGCAGCUGCACGAGUCAAUGAGAAGAGACCACCAUCUACGUCACGGGGGUCGCCAGCAAUAUGGACUCUUCCUUAAAGGAAUCGGCUUGUCACUUGAGGAAGCUAUGACCUUUUGGAGAAAAGAGUUCACCAAACUUAUAGAUGGUGACAAGUUUGACAAGAAUUACUCCUAUAAUAUCCGCCAUAACUAUGGUAAGGAAGGGAAGAGGGCCAACUAUACUCCCUACAGUUGUAUGAAGAUCAUCAUGUCCAAUGCCCCGGGACAGGGCGACUUCCACGGGUGUCCAUUUAAACAUUGUGAUGAAGCACUUCUUGCACAGAAGUUGCGGGCACAGAAUUUAUCAAAGGAUCAAAUUGAAAAGAUCAUGAGUGAGGUGAAAGGGUGGCCACUAUGGGGUAGCGUGUACAAAGCACUUCCUGGCCAGACAUGCAGGCGUUGAGGAACAGGAUAUCAACAGUAUAAAUCACCCUAACCAGUACUUUGAGGAGAGUCAGAGAAUACUCCGUGGGGACAAGAAGGAAGCUGUUCGAGCCGUCCCCAGCACACCCCGCUCACAGCACUCCAGUCAGUCACAAGGAACGCCAAAGUCUGAAAAGGUAGCCGACAGCCAAGGUACCCCUCGAGGUCAUAUGAGUGGUAUAGAGGAAAUGGAGGAUGAUGAUGACCUUAUGAUGUCAAUGGACUGUUGAACGCUUUUUUUAUGUAUUGGCCAAUGACCCGAGAAAUACAUUCAUAAUGUUUAGGAAUUUUGCUACUGCCACAGAUUUUUGAAUUUAUUUUAAAUAUUAAAACAUAAAUCAAAUGUUUAUUAAUUUAUUACAGGUACUUCCCUUUGUUAUUAUAUUUCAUUAGUGUCGGGUAAUUCAGUUAAUAUACUCAAUCAGUUUGCUAGCACCAUUUAAGUUUGAACAUUGUUAGAUCUUAAAAAAUAAGAGUUUGAUUUGAUUGUUUUUAGUUCAGUUUAAUACCAGGCAUUGGGCAUUGUCAAAGUUAAGUUGUAUGCUUCAUAGCUCAAGGCAAUAAGGAAAAAAAACAUGUGACUUUGACAUCUGUGUUGAAUAUUUUGAUAAAUAAACAUAUAUUUUGCAAUGUAAAGACAUUCAUUUGUAUAUAGGAUUUUUAUAUAGAGAUAUGGGCAUCCUUUGUUAAGGUUUUGUGUUUUUAAAUCUUGAUGAUUUUACUGUCAAACAACAGAUGUGGUAUUAAAGUAAAUUCUCUGGAAGUUGAACAGAUGUGACUAGCGAUUGGUGCCUUUUUGUUAAGCAAAUCCUUGCAUUAUACUAUUUAAAUCAAUAUUAUACUGACAUUUGGUGUGUCCAUAGAACAUUUUUGUCAUGCCAUAUUAAAAUAUAACAAUGAUCA